AUGCCAGAGCCAGCUGGCUUCGAAGAUCCAGAAAAGCACUCCACUGGCCACGAUGACCAUAAUUACACCAACGCUAAUUGGAGGCAGUUUGACAAAGCGAAGUCUUCCACCGAGGAAGAACACUGUAUGGCUAUGCCCAUCGUUCUGGACCUGGUAAUUGUGGAGCUUCUUGGACGAAACAAUGUAGCUUGGGUCAGUGAUGAGCCAGUUGGCAACUAG